AUGGUUUCCUUUAAUGGCAAGAAGUUGAACUACAGUACAGAUCUUGCUGAAACUACUGAAUUCUGCAUAAUGAUGUCGUUGGGACACUUAAGCAAGGGGGUCAGCCUAGAUGAACUUAUUGAUACAUGUAUUGAUUCUUUUGAUGCAGAUGGAAACUUGUGUAAAAAUUACCAGCUCCUGUCAGUAAUUUUAACCAUGCAUCGACUUAUCAUCUCCUCCUCUGAAAUACUGCGAAAACUAAUUGAACUAUAUAUGGGUGCCUUGGAAAAUAAUUCUUUGCUCUGCUGUAAGAUAUGUUACCUUGUGAGGUAUUGGAUAAGAGAAUUCUGGGUCAUGUUUAAAACAGAUACCAAUCUUACAAAUACUAUGGAAGAAUUUCAGGAAUUGGUGAAAACUAAUGGUGAGGAGUUACACUGCCGCCUAAUUGACACAUCUCAAAUAAAUGCUCGAGAUUGGUCCAGAAAGAUAACCCAGAGAAUAAAAUCUAACAGCAGUAAGAAACGAAAAGUUUCACUGCUCUUUGAUCAUCUGGAACCAGAGGAAUUGUCAGAUCACCUCACUUACCUUGAAUUCAAGUCCUUCCGAAGAGUAUCAUUUUCAGAUUAUCAAAACUACAUCAUAAAUGGAUGUGUGAAGGACAAUCCAACAAUGGAACGCUCAAUCACACUUUGUAAUGGUAUUUCACAGUGGGUGCAACUAAUGGUAUUAAAUAGACCAACACCACAGCUUCGAGCUGAAGUAUUCAUCAAGUUCAUUCAUGUGUCCCAGAAACUUCAUCAGUUGCAAAAUUUCAACACAUUAAUGGCUGUGAUAGGAGGUCUUUGCCACAGUUCCAUCUCUAGACUUAAAGAAACAAGUUCUCAUGUUCCUCAUGACAUCCAUAAGAUAUUCAAUGAAAUGACUGAAUUGCUGUCAUCCGGUAGGAACUAUGAUAAUUACAGACGUGCUUAUAAUGAGUGCAGUAACUUUAAAAUCCCUAUUCUUGGAGUACAUCUGAAAGAUUUAAUUUCCCUUUAUGAAGCUAUGCCAGAUUACUUGGAAGAUAAAAGAGUUAAUAUGCACAAAUUGUAUUCUUUAUACAAUCAUGUCAAUGAAUUGAUACAGCUGCAGGAGAUAGGUCCUCCUCUGGAAGCUAACAAAGAUCUUGUACAUCUCCUUACAUUGUCACUUGACCUUUACUAUACAGAAGAUGAAAUUUAUGAACUUUCAUACGCACGAGAGCCAAGAAGUCACCGGGCUGCACCGCUGACACCUUGUAAACCACCAGUUGUAGCAGAUUGGGCCUCUGGAAUUGCCCCCAAACCUGAUCCAAAGAUAAUUAGUAAGCAUGUCCAGAGAAUGGUAGAUUCUGUUUUUAAAAAUUAUGACCAUGAUCAGGAUGGAUAUAUUUCUCAAGAAGAAUUUGAGAAGAUUGCUGCGAGCUUUCCUUUCUCCUUUUGCAUAAUGGAUAAGGACAGGGAAGGUCUGAUUAGCAGGGAUGAAAUAACAGCCUAUUUCAUGAGGGCCAGUUCAAUCUAUUCAAAAUUAGGCCUUGGCUUUGCCCACAAUUUCCAGGAGACCACUUACCUAAAGCCGACAUUCUGUGACAACUGUGCUGGAUUUCUUUGGGGUGUUAUUAAACAAGGAUAUAGGUGCAAAGACUGUGGAAUGAACUGUCAUAAGCAAUGCAAGGAUCUAGUUGUAUUUGAAUGCAAGAGAAGACCCAAAAUGACCGCUGUGGAUAACAGUCCAACAACAGCUCUUGCAUCUAGCCUCUGUCCCAUGGGACUUAAAGAGCACAUGCAUGGGCUGGAGGAAGGAGGAUUUCCAUUUCCUAAUGGUGAGAUGGUUGAACAUAAUGAAGGCAGCAAAGAUAGAACUAUUAUGCUUAUGGGAGCAUCAGCCCAGAAGAUCUCAGUAAGGCUAAAGCCAUCUGUGGUACACAGGAGUACACAAACUGAUAUAAUGAUGGUGCACGGUAAUGAUGUGUCUAAUUUACAAAGAGAGUCUGGAACAUCACCUGAAAGUAGUUUUCUCCAGCCAUCUCCUGUGUUUCCAUGUCCAAGUCCAAUUCUUGGCCGUAAAAAGGCGUAUGUGAAAUGGGAAAAUAAGGAUUGCAGUCAAAAAGUGAAGGAAGAUCCACAAACACUAAAACCCACAUAUCAAGAACUAGAAAAGGAAAGAAAUGUUCUGACUGCAGAGAAUGAAGCUCUCAAGCUGCGCCUUAAACAAGCUCAUAAGAAGAUUGAAUUCCUCAGCAUUCAACGAAAUCACAUACUGGACACUAGGGAACAUGGAGAUUGCUUGUAGCUUAAAAGAAAGACAUAAUGAGGAAAAGGAUAAAGCCAGUGGGGUUUUUUUUUUAAUGUAUUUAAGUGUAUGUAAUUAAAUGUGUGCAGCAUGGCAGGAAUUUAAAGUAAGAUUGUCUUAUUUUCAUUGCUAUUAGUACUUUUGGAUGUAUAUAUUUUGUGCUAUCGAUUUAACCACUUUGCC